AUGAGCCCAGAGUUGAAAAACACUUGGACUCCUACUGUCAAUGUCAUGACCUGGUUCAUGUUGGUGACGGCUAUUCUUAGCGUCCUGACUCGCCUGGGGACGAAAUAUUUCAUUUUUCGGAAGUGGACAUUUGACGAUGGCCUUGCAGCUGCAUCUCUGGUAUUCUGUAUCGCACAGUCAAUUUCUGUCUCGGUGGCCGCAGAGAAUGGACUGGGACAGCAUGUUGAAAUGCUUUCCGAUCGCAAAAUCGAAAGCGUCAUGAAGGCCGAAUACUCCGCAACCAUCUUAUUCAUCGCCAGCAUUUGCUUCUCCAAACUAUCGCUUUUGGUCUUCAUUCGCAACUUGACUCCCGCGUCCUUGGAUCGCCGCUUCGCCCUCGUGUUGGGAAUAUUGAUUGGGCUGUGGACUAUUGCCAGCAUUCUUACGGCGAUAUUUCAAUGUAAUUUACCACAGACCUGGAAUUAUCUACGUGGGACUUGUUUCCGUCGAAGUGCGUGGUGGAAUUAUCUCGGCGUCACAAACAUCUUGUCAGAGGGCGGAAUAAUAGGCCAGGCGCUGUUGGUUAUCGUUCGUAUCCAGACCGAUUUCAGCAGAAAGGCUGGUUUGUCCAGUGUAUUCUUGAUCCGAGUCGUCGUAAUUAUCGCGAUUAUUUUCCAACUCGCUUAUGCCAGUCAGACCUCCAAGGGCGAUUUCACCUAUGAUGUCUGGGCCGUCGCAGUUUCUACCCAAGUGGCUCAAAGCGUGAGCAUCGUUACAGCCUGCUCUCCCCAAUUCAAGCCUUUCUUGGAUAGUCUCCAGUCCACGGGAAUGGGGUUGGGUAUAACGAGCUCCAACAAUGACGGCAGCAAACACAAGACAUAUGGCAUGACCACAUUCAAGACCUUCCGUCGCACUGCGGAUACUCGAAGUGAGACUCACGAACUAGUUUCAGUGCCCAACGAAGAGACUAAUCAGACUAUGGUGACCUCGGCCCCGGACGGGGAUGCCGAAAGCCAGUCCAGUCGGGCUAAUAUAAUUAUGGAGACGCGGACGUGGACAGUGACUGAAGGAUGGACAAAUUGA